AUGAAUUGCUUAAAAACCUAGGUUGGAGAUUUGUAUGGGCUUUUGGCUUAAUCCAAAGCUGUUGAUGAAGCAAUCUUCCCUAACCUCAUUAAAAUUUUUAAAAGAUAGAAAAUUCAAGACUGUCUAGAAUUUCUCUCAUAAGAUCAAAAUCAAUGGUAAGUAGAAAAAGAAAGAUAAGAUGUAUAAAUUAAUCAUAAUUUGUUAAGGAAUAGAUGGUCGAAGUUGGAAAGUAUAACAUUAAAACUAUAACAGAUGUUCUCAAAAAAUUAUAGGAUCAUAAAUUUAAUCAAUAGAAUUACUCGAGAGAAAAUUAUAAAGAAAUUAAAAAAGAUCUCAUCAUAAAAAUAUCAUUGGAUAAGAAGAUUACAAAAUUUAUAAAAUUCUUAGUUCAUCUUACUGCCUUUGAUGAGAGAUACAUAUAGUGUGGAUCAAAUUCUCUUCAUUUAUUAGUUUAAAUGAAAGUUGAUUUGAAGGAAUCAUGUUUUGAGAAUAUUAAGAUAAGAAAUACUUCCUUAAUAGGAGCAAAUUUAGUAAGAUGUGACUUAAGCGGAUCUGAAUUUGAAAAUGUCAUUAUUAGUGGAGUGAAUUUGAAUUAAGCCAAAUUAUUCAAUUGUAAGUGGAGGAAUUUAGGGAUAAAUGAGGGAAUUGAGAUGAAUGGUCAUGCUGAUAUUGUCAAUUAAGUUUGCUUUUCUCCAGAUGAGAAGUCAUUAGCUUCUUGUAGUGAUGAUAAUUAUGUUAUUUUGUGGGAUGUUAAGACAGAAAAAAGAAAAUAUGUUUUAUAAGGAAAGAGGUAGGUAAAAUCAGUAUGUUUCUCUUCAAAUGGUACUGCGUUAGCUUCAUGUAGUGGCACAUUUGUGUAUGUAUGGAAUCUUAGGACAGGAAAAUAAAUUCUUAAACUAGAUGGUAGUUCAAAAGCAAUGAUAUCAAUCUGUUACUCUUCUGAUGGAACAACAUUAGCAUCUUGUAGUAGCGAUAGAUCAAUUCUUUUCUGGGAUGUUAAAACAGGAUAAUAAAAAAUAGUAUUAGAUAGUCAUUCGGAUGAUGUUAGAUCAGUCUGUUUUACUCCUGAUGGUACUACAUUAGCAUCUGGUAGUGGAGAUAACUCUAUUCGUUUCUGGGAUGUUUCGACAGCAUAAAAAAUAUUAUUUUCAGAUAAUUUUUAAAAAGAUACUCAAGCAUAAUUUUAAUCUUCAACAAUUAUUAAUAAUGGUCUUCCAUAAAGUGGUAUUUAAUCCGUAUAUCUUUAGCAACCUCUAUUAUUACGGUUUUAAGAAUUUCUUAAAAUCCCAAUUUUGAUGCAUAAGGAGCUUUAAUCUUGAACGGAGAAUUUGUAAAUCAUUAAAGCUUGAAUCUAAAAUCAUUUUUCAAAUUUAAAGGAAGUUUGAUUUUAGAAAACUAUACAGAAUUAAAAUAAGAGUGA